UUUCUCAGCACACUCAAAUCAAAAACCCUUCGCCUCCACCAAACUUAGAAACCCAGAAAAAAAGGAGAAUAAUAAUGGCAGAGAAGGAGAAGAAGAAGAAGAAGCAAAAACACCAACACCCAAAUGGCCAGACAACAAAAUCUGCACCAGCAGCAGCAGAGUUCUCAUUCAAGCCAAGCUCCGAGGUAAAAGGUCUAAGAUUCGGCGGUCAGUUCAUAGUGAAAUCCUUCACAAUCAGGCGAGCAAAGCCACUCGAGCUCCUAAAACUCCUCGAUUUCCCUCCAUUCUCAAACAAAUCCAACAACAACAAGGUACCCUUCCCUUCAACAACAGCGUUUUUGCCGACGAAUUUCACAAUCUUAGCUCACCAGGCCUGGCACACACUCACUCUGGGUCUGGGCACCAAGAAAUCAAAGGUACUUUUAUUCGUUUUCGAAUCGGAAACCAUGAAGGUUGCCGUCGAUAGGAUUUGGCCGACCGAGAUCCCGCUCGGGGAAGUUAAUAAGAAGCUCAUAAGAGGGUUGAAAGGGUGUGAAAUGGCGAGGUUUAAGUUCAGGAAAGGGUGCUUAACGUUCUACGUUUAUGCUGUUAGAGGUAAUGGAAAUCUGGGUUUUUGUUGCGCUGAUGAUCUGAGAAUCGUUUUGCAAUCUGUUGUUGAACUCAGAGAUUUCUUGGAUCAUACUACCAUGCUUGCUGUGCCUAACCAGAGAAGCAUUAAUUACAGUCAUCAUGUUGCAAUGGCUCACUAACUUUUUUAUUUUUACCUUUUGAAAUGUUUGGGGGAAUUGGUUUAUUUGUUGGAUGACCUUUGUUCAUGUUAAUCUUCUUUUUUCUUGAACAAAUUUGCAGUAUGAAUAAAUUUGCAGUAGCUUAUGUGGUAG